AUGCUCUCUAAAUCUCUGAGAUAUAGGGGAUCUCUCCGGAGGAUGUGCCCUGUACUCUCUUGUACAGAUCGUCGCUUCAUGGCACAAGUUGCCGAUGUGCGGAACAUACCAACAGAAGAUGACAAGCUAUUCAAUGUGCCAUUGUCAGAAGAGAGUUUUGAGACGUACAACUUCGAUCCUCCCCCAUAUACGGUGGAUACUACGAAAAGGAAGCUUAAGGACAUGUACCGAGAUAUGCUAUCGAUAAGACGGAUGGAGUCGACUGGUCAAGAGGCAGUUGCUGUUGGCAUCGAGCAUGCUAUUACAAAAGAAGAUAAACUGAUCACAGCGUAUCGCUCCCAUGGCUUCACCUUCAUGCGAGGAGCCAGUAUCCGAUCCAUUGUUGGCGAGUUACUUGGGCGCCAGGAUGGUAUUUCUCAUGGUAAGGGCGGCUCGAUGCAUAUGUUCCUCGAAAGCUUCUUUGGUGGGAAUGGCAUUGUGGGUGCGCAUGUGCCAGUCGGCGCGGGAAUUGCAUUUGCUCAGCAGUAUAAUGAUGGAAGCAAUGUCACUAUUGAUAUAUAUGGUGACGGUGCAGCCAAUCAGGGGCAGGUUUAUGAGGCGUUCAAUAUGGCCAAGUUGUGGAAUCUCCCUAUCCUGUUCGGAUGCGAGAACAAUAAAUAUGGAAUGGGAACAUCUGCCGAGAGAGCCUCUGCAAUAACUGAUUAUCAUAAGCGUGGCCAAUACAUUCCUGGCCUCAGAGUGAACGGAAUGGAUGUCCUGGCUGUUCUGGCAGCAAUGAAGCACGGUAAACAAUUCAUUCAAGCAGGCAAAGGGCCGCUGAUAUACGAUCUUCGGGAACGGUUGAUUGAAUGGGGCAUCAUCACGGAGGAUGAAGCUAAGGCAAUGGAUAAGGAUGUGCACGGGAUCAUAAAUCAAGAGGUAGCAGAGGCCGAGAAGAUGACAGAGCCUGAACUGAGACUCGACGUCUUGUUUGAAGACGUUUAUGCUCGAGGGAGUGAGCCUAAACAACGUCGCGGACGUACGCUCGCUGAGACAUUCUACUAG